CACACCACACACCACACACACGCUGACACAUUCACCCCCCAAUACGAAGCGAUCAACCCCAACAACAGUGAGAAGCACCCCACAAAAGAUGCCAGGACCACCUGAAGGACAGGAGCAGAAGCCGCUCACGCCCGAGGAGCGCGAGGCGAAGAAGGCUGCCAAGAAGGCCGAGAAGGAGCGCAAGAAGGCCGAAAAGGCCGCAAAGAAGGCUGCUCGCCAAAAGGAGAUUGCAGCACAGCAAGAGGCCGACCGUCUUGCACGCGAGGGACCAGACUUUGCCAAGGACCGCUAUGGCCAGAAGGAGCGCAUUCAGUCGCAGUCCCGCGAAGGGCGCAAGUUCACCCGCAUCGAGGACCUCAGCGUUGACGAUGCCACGUCUCGCGUGCUCGUGCGUGGUCGCGUGCAUACGGUGCGCGUCACAGGCAAGCAGGCCUUUUUGCGCAUCCGCCAGCGCACGCACUCCCUGCAGGCCAUCUUCGCUGUCAACGACGUUGUCAGCAAGGCCAUGGUUCGCUUCAUCGGCAAGUUGAAUCCGGAGUCUAUUAUUGAUGUUGAGGGCAUCCUGAACAAGGCGCCAUCGCCUGUGGAGAGCUGCUCCAUGAAGGACCUCGAGCUGGCCGGCGAUAAGCUGUUUGUCGUCUGCGAGGCGCUUCCCCGCCUUCCUCUGCAAAUUGAGGACGCGACAAGGGCCGAGGACGACACGCAGUACCCGAACCAGGAUACCCGUCUCGACAACCGCGUCCUUGACUUGCGCGCAGAGCCAAACCAGGCCAUCUUCAAGAUGCAGUCCGGCGUGUGUCGCCUCUUCCGUGACUUUCUUCUCAAGGAGGGCUUCACGGAGAUCCACAGCCCCAAGAUCAUCGGCACCGCCAGUGAGAGCGGCUCAUCUGUGUUCAAGCUGCAGUACUUCAAGACGCAGGCAUUCCUGGCGCAGUCUCCUCAGCUGUACAAGCAAAUGUGCAUUGCUGCUGACAUGGGCAAGGUGUUUGAGAUCGGCCCUGUGUUCCGUGCGGAGGACUCAAACACGCACCGCCACUUGACCGAGUUUACUGGUCUUGACAUGGAAAUGGCCUUCAACGAGCACUACCACGAGGUUUUGGAGGUGCUUGACCGCCUGUUUAUCAGCAUCUUCCGUGGGCUCUCUGAGCAGUUUGCGGAGGAGGUUGAGAUGGUCAACAAGCAGUUUCCACGCGAGAAGUUCACGUGGCUGGAGCCAACGCUGCGCAUUGAGUGGCCUGAGGCCAUCAGCAUGCUGCGCGAGGCCGGCGAGGAGAUUGGUGACUUUGACGACAUCUCCACCCCACAGGAGAAGCUCCUUGGUCGGCUGGUCAAGGCAAAGUACGGCACCGAUUUCUACAUCCUCGACAAGUUCCCCCUCUGCAUCCGCCCCUUCUACACCAUGCCAGACCCAGCCAACCCGGCAUACAGCAAUUCCUACGAUAUCAUGAUGCGCGGCGAGGAGAUUAUGUCUGGUGCCCAGCGUGUGCACGACCCCAAGCUCCUCGAGGAGCGUGCUCUGGCACAUGGGCUGAGCCUGGAGGAGAUUGGCCCCUACGUUGACGCCUUCAGAUAUGGCUGCUCGCCCCACGGUGGCGGCGGUGUCGGUCUGGAGCGUGUUGUCAUGCUGUUCCUCGGCCUGCCCAACAUUCGCAAGACGUCCCUCUUCCCACGCGACCCCAAGCGCUUCUCCCCCUAAGAGUCAUGAUCGUGAUGUGAUGAUGAGCGGUGCAUGGAUAACUUUGUGACACCACGCGACCCAUACCCCCCCCCCCCAAAGACCAACCGAAACAAACAAAAACGUCGUUUCCUUCCAAAUCUUAACUCCCUUAGACGCUCCCCCCUCCCCUCCUUCCACCCUUGCGGUCCGUUCGUCCACCCCAAUACACGCCCUUAAUGCCUGAACCCCAGCAAAGUCGGCUCAGUUGCU